AUAUAAAAUAUGGAAUCAUGUCAGUAAGUCGAUAUUUGAAUACUUUACAAACCAAACCCAAAAAAUUAGGUUGCGUCUAAUAAAUAUACAAAUGAAACACUGGUAUGUACAACAUCGUCAUCGUCAAAAUACGUCAUGUUUAAAAAAUAUCACUAAAUGUAACAAGUGACACACAUAACAUAGAUAGCGGGUUAAAUUUAGAAUAAUGAAAAUACAUUUUAUUUUCUGUUUCAGAUGCCAUUGUUCAGCAUAUAGGAUGGAACACAAUACAGUUUUAACAAUAUGCAUUUUCGUGUGCCUGCUUACUCAUCAGGCGUAUGCAGUUUGUGACUUGCAGUCGCCAUUUACUAUCUCGGAAGAAGCACCAAAUGGCACUGUUAUUUUAAAUACCACCAAACUUCCGGGAACAAAUGCGUCGUUUACCAUUAAAAAUCCAACACAAGGAGGUGUCGGUGUCGGCCUGAGGGACAGACUUUCGUUAAUUAAUGAUAACACAACCUUUCAACUCAUAAAUUCGGAAGUCCUAGAUCUUGAAGAAUUCAUGAUCACGUAUGGAGUGGAUAUUAGUAUUAUAGAGUUGAUGGUCACAUGUGGCGGUAAAAUUGUAAUUAUUCUAUUUAUAUGCUAUCCUUCCAAAUUCAAUGCAGCAUAAUGCAAUUAUUUGCGAUUAAUGACUCGUUCUUUUCAUGAGGAGUAUCAAGGAGUUAAAAAUGUUACAUAUAUUUUAAAAAACGAGAAUAAAAAUCAAUUAAGGCAAAGGCAACGUUCAUAGAACGCAGCCCCCGACACACCCAAGCAGGGCCCCCAGAAUGCACCAAACCAAAAUUUGGAGUGGAAAUAAGGGCGGCGAAACGAGAGGGACACGUUAAGUGUGAAAUAAUAAAAACUAAAACGGGCCCAUAUGG